AUGGACUAUGACAGAGCGGUCAUGAACGGACCAUGGAUGAUAGGACCAAACUACCUGACAGUGCGUAUGUGGGACAAGGACUUUGACCCAUACAACCACGAAGUGGCUUCAACGGUGGUCUGGGCUCGACUACUCGAGAUUCCUAUUCAAUACUUUCACCAGGAUGUAGUUAUGAAGAUCGGGCGCCGCAUUGGUAUCUCAAUUCGAAUAGAUGAAGCUACUCGUACUGUAGCGCGUAGCGACUAUGCUCGUGUGUGUGUCCAGGUUGAUCUAACCAAACCGCUGCUUUCCAAGUUUUCUAUUAAUGGCAAAAAGUACUUUGUUCAGUACGAGGGACUUGAAAAGAUUUGCCUCAACUGUGGCACGUACUCCGAGAGGGGGCGUGUACCUGCACUAAGAUGCAUGAGCCAAUGGAAGCGGAGGAAGUGGACAAGACGAUGGAGCCUCAGGAAAAGCAAUCUGAAAAAAUAUACGGGGAAUUGA